AUGGCUGGUAGUGGUGGUAGUGGUGGUGGUCAUAGUGGUGGUGGUAGUGGUGGUGGUCAUAGUGGUGGUGGUAGUAGUAGUGGUGGUAGUAGUAUUGGUGGUGAUGGUAGUAGUGGUGGUGGUGAUGGUAAUAGUGGUGGUGGUGAUGGUAGUAGUGGUGGUGGUAGUAGUGGUGGUGGUAGUGGUAGUAGUGGUGGUGGUGGUAGUAAAGCUAUUCCACCACGAGCAAACAAUGAUUAUUAUGUAGCAAAAUUAAACCCCGAGAACUGA